ACGCUCAGGAGACUUCUUUAAAGCGCGAACUGUGCAACUCUAUUCCCAUAUAGGCUGGAACUACAAGUUGGGAUCACGUUUCCUCCCUGACUUUCUGAGCUAGCACUUCCGCCCAGGGGGGCGGGGCUGGAAUAUCUGAGACCCUUCCGGCACUUGCGAUUGAUUGAAGAGGCACUUCCGGUGUCUGUUGCCAAGGCGCCGGCCGGCCCGCGGGCCGUGAGGGCGACAUUGCUGGCGUCGUCCUCUGCCCCCUUCCCCGGGGGCGAGAUGUCGGGGCUCAGCCACUUAGAGUCAGAGGGCUGCCGGAACCUACUCGGCAUGCUGGACAAUGACGAGAUCAUGGCCCUUUGCGACACCGUCACCAACCGCCUGGUGCAGCCUGUGGACCGCCAAGAUGCUAUUCGUGCAAUAUUAGUGUAUAGCCAAAAUGUAGAAGAACUUCUGAGGCGCAAAAAAGUCCACCGAGAAGUCAUAUUUAAGUAUUUGGCAACACAAGGGGUGGUUGUACCUCCAACUACUGAAAAACACAGUCUUAUUCAGUAUGCAAAAUGUUACUGGGAAGAAAAGUCACCACAACUGAAGGAGACAGCAGAGCCAGUUACAAAGACGGAGGAGAUCCAGCUCUUUGAGCAGCAGGCAAAAGAAGAUAAAGAAACUGAAAAGGUUGAUUUUCGUCGCUUAGGAGAAGAAUUCUGUCACUGGUUCUUUGAACUUCUUAAUUCUCAGAAUCCUUUUAUGGGACCACCUCAAGAUGAAUGGGGCCCACAGCACUUCUGGCAUGAUGUCAAGCUUAGGUUUUAUUAUAACACCUCAGAACAAAACAUGACAGACUACCAAGGAGCGGAAAUUGUGAGCCUUCGCUUACUGUCAUUAGUGAAAGAGGAAUUUCUUUUUCUCAGUCCCAACCUUGAUUCUCAAGGACUAAAAUGUGCAUCUUCUCCUCAUGGAUUAGUUAUGGUUGGAGUUGCAGGGACUGUCCACCGAGGAAAUUCUUGUUUGGGCAUAUUUGAACAAAUUUUUGGACUUAUCCGUAGCCCUUUUGUGGAAAAUACUUGGAAAAUCAAAUUUAUCAACCUGAGAAUCGUUGGAGGAAGUUCCCUUGCUCCUGGAUCAUCACUGAAACCAUCUGUAACAUUUGAACAGAGUGAUCUGGAGGCCUUUUAUAAUGUAAUCACUUUGUGUAAUAGCCCUGAAGUAAGACCUAACAUAAGGCAGAUAUUGGAUAGUGGGACAGGAGACCAGGUUUUACAUAGUGGAGAUGAGGCAUUGUUGAACAAAAGGGAAGUGAAUUUGCCUAAUCCUCUAAGGCACUGAGCUCUGUACCUCAGCCUGAAGAAGCUGCAGACACCCAACAAUGACCAUCUCUGAGCCACUGCAGAUGUGAGAAUUGACAUAUUUUAGUUGAAAUACCUUUUGGACUACAGACUAAUGUGAAUACUUGCCUAUUUCUACCUGAGUUACAGCAAAAUGUUCUGAGAACUUAUUGCGGUCCACCAAAUAAAUCCCACUUUAGAUGUUGUUGA